UCGUCAUAUCCAAAUAUAUCGAAGAAGCGAAGGAGAUUGAAAUGGAUGCAGUAGCAUCGGAUGGAAAUUUAUUGAUUCAUGUAAUAUCAGAACACAUCGAGAAUGCAGGUGUACAUUCUGGGGAUGCUACUCUAGUAUUACCGCCUCAAGACCUUGACCCCGAGACUGUGAGUAAGAUUAAAUCGGCAACAGAAAAAAUAGCUAAUGAAUUAAAUGUAACGGGACCAUUCAACAUACAGUUCAUAGCAAAGAAUAAUGAUAUUAAAGUAAUAGAAUGCAACUUGCGUGCGUCAAGAUCCUUUCCUUUUGCUUCGAAAGUCAUGGGAAUAGAUUUAAUCGAAAUGGCUACUAUGGCUAUGUUGGGCAUGCCUGCUGAACCAAAACAGCUUAAUUUACCAAAGGACUAUGUUGCUGUUAAAGUGCCUCAGUUUAGUUUUAGUCGACUAUCAGGCGCCGAUCCUGUCCUUGGUGUAGAAAUGGCAUCGACUGGCGAAGUUGCUUGUUUUGGACGGGACAAGUAUGAAGCCUAUUUGAAAGCAUUGAUAUCUACUGCAUUUACUCUACCAAAGAAGAAUAUACUGCUAUCUAUUGGAUCCUAUAAGGAGAAACUAGAAAUGUUGCCAUCAGUAACCAAAUUGCAUAGUAUGGGAUUUAAAUUGUUUGCCACGUCAGGAACAGCUGACUUUAUUCAGGAACACGGUAUUGCAGUCAAGUACUUGGAUAUCAGCAAAGGAGCUGGACAUAAGCCGGAGUAUUCGUUGGAACAACAUUUAGCGAAUAAUUUAAUUGACUUGUAUAUAAAUUUACCUUCCAAGAAUAGAUAUAGACGGGUCGCCAGUUUCAUGAGCAAUGGUUAUCGUACACGCAGAAUGGCUGUUGAUUAUAGUGUUCCCUUAAUAACAAAUGUUAAAUGUGCCAAGCUAUUCAUCGAGGCAUUGCAUAGGAACCCCGAUCUUGAAGUUCAAAGCAUUGAUUGCAAAUGUAGUCAUGAGACGGUUACACUCCCGGGUCCUUUCAAUAUUUCGGCUUUUGUGCCUCAUAGUGCCGAGUUAGGUAAAAACGACUUUGCUGAGGUCACUAAAGCAUCCUUAGCGGCAGGAUUCACAGUAAUCAACACACUACCAAUUGGAUUAAACGAGUCAUUACGGGAUGCUGGUACGAUGGCAAUUGCACAUACAAGUAGCCGUGGUAAUGGGCAUUGUGAUUACGCUUUAUCAGUUGCUGCAACUGAGUAUAAUGUCGAACAAAUAACCGAAGUGAUUCCGGAUGUUGCCUCACUUUUCAUACCGUUUAGUAGUUUUGUAAAUGCACAGUCACCGAAGAUAGCAACCAUAGCCAAGCAUUUCAGCAGCUGGCCAGUUUUAUCACCCGUCAUUACAGAUGCUAAAGGUAAUGACUUGGCAUCCGUACUAUUAGUAGCUAGUUUACAUAGUAGGUCAAUUCAUGUGACUGGUGUCAGCACUAAAGAUGACAUUGAAAUAAUCAGACUCAGCAAGGAGAAAGGUUUGAAAGUUACUUGCGAUGUGGCCGUUUACGCUUUGUUUCUGAACACAGAGGACAUAGACGGCUGUGCCAACGUUCUUCCGACACCGGCAGAUCAAUCUGCAUUAUGGAAACAUCUGGAUGUCAUAGACUGCUUUAGUGUUGGGACACUUCCAUAUCGCCUUUCCAUGGAACUCGGUCGGGAGACAUGCGCGAGCGUUGGUAUUGAGGAGACUAUCCCGUUGCUUUGUAACGCCGUAAAUGAGGGCAAAUUAAGCAUGGAAGAUAUCAAAAAAAGACUUUACACCAAUCCCCGCAAAAUAUUCAGCAUUCCAGAACAAAUCAAUACAUACGUUGAAAUAGAAAUUGAUAGAAAAAUCAAAAUAUCCGAUAAGCCAGGAAGAUGGUCCCCAUUUGCUGGCCAGACUCUAUUUGGUGCGGUGACUCGUGUCGUAUUACGAGGAGAAACGGCUUACCUUGAUAACGGAUUUUACUCUGACGGGAACGUUGGUUGUGACAUCUCAAGUAAGACUUAUAUAUUUACAAAAAUGUCCGCUGCCGAGGAACCUGUGGAAGCUGAACAAAAGCCGCUAGCGAUAGGGGUUAAUACCCAACCCCCACCCAAAACAACAGUUACAUCAGCCAAGGUUAUACCUCCAUCAUAUGGGUCUGGUGAUAUUGUGCCUAAGACUGUUGCUCCUGAUUGGAUACUUGAGCCACCAGUUAUGCCCGCAAAUCUCGAUCCCUUCCUCAAGAACUCCCCAUUUUACCGCAAGCAUAUUCUAUCCGUCAAGGAGUUUACCCGGAAUGAUCUGCAUCUCUUAUUUGGAGUGGCCCACGAGAUGCGUACGCUAGUAGAGCGAUAUGGGUCUAUCAAUCUCCUGCAAGGACGAGUUCUCUUCACCAUGUUCUUCGAACCAUCGACGCGCACGUCUGCCUCGUUUGAAGCAGCAAUGAAUCGAUUAGGUGGUCGUGUGGUAUCUGUUAAAGUGGAUAGUUCGUCAGUUGCGAAAGGAGAAUCAUUAGCAGAUACAGUAAGAACUCUGGGUUCGUAUGGUGAUUUGAUAGUAUUGAGACAUCCAGAACCAGGGAGUACUAAAGUUGCCGCAGAGUUUUCGCCUGUUCCUAUAAUCAACGCCGGGGAUGGUGUCGGCGAACACCCAACUCAGGCUUUUCUAGAUGUGUACACUAUUAGAGAAGAAUUAGGUACGGUCAAUGGAUUAACUGUAACUCUUGUUGGGGAUCUCAAGAACGGACGAACUGUACAUAGUCUAGUUAAAAUUCUCUCGCUCUACCACGUUACUCUCAAUUAUGUAAGUCCUCCGUCAUUGCGUAUGCCAGAAGACAUUAGGGUCAGUGUAGACAAACAAGGCACUCCACAAA